AUGGCUCCUUUGAUUGAGAUUUUGUUUAUCUUGUCGCGAGCGAGAAAAGGAACAAAGUUUAUGGACGACUUGCAGUUUUAUACUGAUCAUCUUAAAACAAAUAACUAUUCCCCGGAAGCGCUGCGGCUGCAACAGUCACAGUGGGAACUUUCAGUUCAGCUGCAAACUUCAAUCAGGUGGAUGAAAGAAAAGGUCACAAAAAACACUGAGCAACUUAAGGAUCUCUUUUCACCUUACCGACCAAACCCUGGUGAAGGCAAUAAACCUAAAGAUCUUAAACUCGAUCAAAUUUUUACUAAUUUAAUCAUUUAUCCUGGGAGAGCCUAUUAUGACUUUCCUAUAAACAGGCGGGAACAGUUGAAAGUGUAUCCCAAACCAGAAAAGAAUUUACGGCCAACAAGACCCGGAGAUAUUGUUGAUGUGCAGCACAAAAAUAUUCUUAUUGUCGGUCGCCCUGGAAUUGGAAAAACAUUGUUUUGCACGAAGUUUAUGCGCGACUGGGCAUCCGAGCGCUUAUUCGACGAAGCGCAUACACAAUUACGAUAUGAUGUCGCUUUCCUUUUCAAAUUUAAAAGACUGAACUCUACAGCAGACCUUAACCUUCGUGAACUACUAGAUCUUUCUGAAUUUUCUUCAACUGUGGAUGAUGAGCUCUGGAACUACAUUCUUGAAAACCCAAACAAAGUACUUUUUAUUUUCGAUGGAAUUGAUGAAUUCUCUGCCAGAGAAAACAUAAAUAAAGACGACUCAAGAAAUGCUCAAGCCAAUAUUGAAGAGAAAAUGCCUCUGUAUGCUUUGUAUAAGAAGAUUGCGUCGGGAAAACUCCUUGAGGGAGCCACUGUUUUAACGACUACAAGACCUACUGCUGUAUCAUGCUUAAGGGAUCUCGAGUUCAGUAGAGUAGUUGAAAUUCUUGGAUUUUCUUCCCAGCAAGUUGAAAACUAUGUAGGGAAGUUCACAGAUGAUGACAGGGGUGCGAAAGAAACAGUAUGGCAACACAUCAGCAACAACGUUAACCUCUUUUCAUUAUGCUACAUUCCUGUUAACUGUUUCAUCAUUUGUUCGUGUUUGCUACACAUUCUGAAGAACUUACCUGCCAAUUCCUCUCAUGCUUUAGCUAGCCUACCGACAAAGCUCACCCAUAUAUACAGCUUCGCCAUUAAGCUAUUUUUCUUCAGGCACAGUGACAGAUACCGCAAUGAAACUGUUAGUCAGGACGAAUUUUUUAAACCGUUUGAUAACUUGGCUAGACAGGUGCAAGAAGAUUUCAAAAAACUUGGAAGCAUUGCUUUUAAAGGAAUUGAAGAAGGGAGACUAACGUUUGAAUCUGAUGAAGUUGGGAAACUGGAAGAUUGUGGCCUACUCCAUCGUUUGCCUGAUUUAAACAUUAUGGCAGAGCGACCAGACAGAGGACCUAAAGCUCAAUACUGUUUCCUGCAUCUUACUAUGCAAGAGUUUCUUGCAGCGAAACAUAUCACAGAUACAAUGAAUAAGGAGGAAUUGCGAAAAUUUGUUUCAAGUCACAUCGAGGAUGGUCAGUGGGAAGUAGUGUUGCAGUUUGUAGCUGGGCUUCUCAGUGACCGAGAUGAACAACUGACCGAUAUUUUCAUUAACCUUCUGCCAAUGUCGACAGACAAGUCCGGCAUGGUAACCUGCUGGCCAAGUAAGAAAGACAAACAUUUAGCGAUGUCGUUAUGUCACUGUUUAUAUGAGAUCGAUGCAAGGGAUUCAGCUGUACAAAAAAAAAUAAGAGAGAUUGGUUUUAAUGCUUUAGUGUUGAGGAGCUGUAAGUUAGGACCUGCUGAUUGUACUUCAAUAGUCAAUUUUGUUAAAAUGCAUGAUGAAAUUUUAAUGAUUGAUUUAAAAGAUAACAAUAUUGGCUCCCUCGGGUGUAAAGAAAUAUGCAAGUUGUUAACUAGGGGUGAUAGUGGUAGUAACUGCAAAUUAAAUAGCUUAAACCUCAUCGAGAACGAUAUAAGCGAUGAAGGAGUAAAGUGUUUGGCUGAAGCACUAACAGACAGUAAUUGCAAACUUAAAAGCUUAAACCUUACUCGUAACAACAGUGUAACAGAUGAAGGAGUAAAGUAUUUGGCUAACGCACUGAAGCAUAGUAAUUGCAGCCUAGAGAGAUUAGUCCUCUCUGAAAACAGUAUAACCGACCAAGGAGUAAAGUAUUUGGCUCAAGCACUAAAGCACAGUGACUGCAAACUAAACAGUGUAGUCUGUCAAGGAAGUAAUAUAACCGAUCAAGGAGUAAAGUAUUUGGCUAAAGCACUAGAUCGUAGUAAUUGCAAACUAACCAGCUACGAGUUCUCGUUGUCUAUGGAUAAUUCGCCCACAAGUUGCGCAGUGCAAAGUGGACUAUUUGACUCUUAG